AUGGAUCAAGGAGGUCUGAUCGGUGGUGGUGGAUCCAGCAACGGCGACAAGAAACAAGGGACUCGACUGAAGAUCACGGUUCCGAAGUUUGACAACACGGCGCUAAUCAGAGGCUACUCUCGAACUCUGAUUGGCCGAUGCAUGAACCCGGCGGCUCAAGACGUUCAGGCGCUGUUGCAUCACAUGCCCCGUUUUUGGAAGAUGGAAGAUAGGAUCGCUGGUGCAGAUUUGGGCAUGGGUCGUUUCCAGUUUGACUUCGACAAUGAGGAAGACAUUGUGGAGGUUUUUAAGCUUGAACCUUUCCACUUUGACUAUUGGAUGAUCUCGUUGGUGAGGUGGGAACCGGUGAUGGAUCCGAGAUACCCUUCGGCAAUUAACUUUUGGGUGAGGAUGAUGGGGAUUCCUCUUCACUUCUGGGCGGAACCUACUUUUCGAAGUAUUGGGGAAGCUCUUGGUGAAGUAUUGGAGGUUGAUAUUGAUGUUGGACAGGUGAAGGUGUGUCUCGAGGGGUACAAGCCGCUGGUGUUUGAGACCACAGUGGAGUUCCACAGUGGGGAAGAGACAAUGGUGAACCUUCGCUAUGAGCGGCUCUUUGGCUAUUGUAGAGAGUGUUUCAGCCUCUGCCACGGCGUGUUGCAAUGUCCGAUUCUUCGACGGGCUAGAGAGGAACGGGUCAUCAGAGGAAAAAAGAUGAGAAGCCAGACGGAGGUGCAUAUUGAGCUACAAAGGUGUUGUCAUUAA